AAUUUAAGUGAUUUCAAUUUGUGUAACACAAUUUUAAUUUUUAUUAUCAGCAUAAUUUUUCCUAAUUUUCUUUUUAAUAAAUUUGUUUUUCAAUGUAUCUUUUCUCCACCUUCUCCUCUGACCAAGAUUGCCAACCCUGUACUUUGCUAAUCAGAUUAGUGCGCAGACUAGAUUAGGCACCAGGCAGAUGGAGAAGUGAGAUGAGGGUUGAGUUUGUUUUGAAUAAACCAACAAUUCCAGCCACAUUCAUGUGAAUAUAUACAUCCACACACUGAUGAACACCCAAUCUUUGCAAGUUAUAUAAUACUGCUGGUAUUUGCUGAACAAACAAAAAGCCGGUGUGAAGGAGGCUAGGAAGGAGGGGAUAAGGAGGGAUUAAAUCCAGAAUUAUCCAGGCGUGGGGCGGAGACUCGCAUGUUGAAUGGUUACACAUUAGAAGAGGUACUGGGCUCAUGAAGGUAUGCUGUGGUGAGUCAUAAAUAUUUUUUAUGAUUUUUAUGUUUGUAACAAAUACUGUUGCUCUAUUUUUGCCAUACAUUACAGCUAAAUGUAUAUUAGCAUUAAGGAAAUGUAAUAUACUGUAAAUAUAUAUAAUGUUAUAUAUAAUUUGAAAAUGUUUCAAUGUUUCUGAUAUUCAAAAAAGUAAAAUGUUUUAAGAUAACACUGAACUUACACACAACUGUGCUAGCGAUAUGUGCUACAGUAACUACUGGCUUUUCGAAGUUUUGUCAUUUUGCUUAAAUCACUCCAUUGUAGGUACUGGAAAUAAUUAAAAAAAAAUUCUGCUGUGAAAACUCUGAACUGUAAGUGUAUAAUAAUGUGCAGUUUUAUUCUUAUGAAGACUGGAGUGUUCCGAUUUGGUGAAAAGUGCUGGAGACGGACAAUGUCCCCUAUAGUAGAUGAAACAGCAGGGGAUCACCCAGUACGGGACGUAGGCCUAACCAGAGGGGGGCUCAUGCCAACUGUCCCUGACAAUUUACGUGACGUAAAGACAUCGAAGAAGCACAAUCUCAUGAAGACAAAAGACCCCCAGCGCCUGUUCCGGUUUCCCAGAGAGCACCUGGAGGACCUGUGUCUGAGGUUGCAGGAUGAGAACAAUGUCCUGAGGCAACACUCACGUACACAAGAGCAGAGGCUGCGCAGGGUGUCUACCAGACUAAUGCGUCUCCGCCAGGCCAGUCCAGGGUCAGGUGGUAUGAAAGAGAGGGACUUGGAGGACACCAUCCAGGAGCUGGAAGCACGUGUAUCCAUGCUGGAGAGCCAGAAGGAGGUUCUUCAGAACAAACUAAGUCUGGCCAAGCAAAACAUUAUGGACCUGAGUGGGGGGCGCACAUCCCAUAAGAUCAGCAAAAGUAAAAGUAUGGAAGCUGAAGGUGCGGUCAGGAGAGCAGCCCAAACGGCCCCAGCCCGCUACGUCCAAACGACAGAAGACAACAGGACAGAGAUGGAACGAUUCAGGUCCAGUGUCGCAGAACAGGUGAGGGUGGUGGAGCUGGAGCUGACAGCACAGGCGCUCAGGGACACACUGAGAGAGAAGGAGAGGGAGAUGGAGGGAACGUUGAGAGAGAUGAAGCGACAGCACGCAGACAAACACAGAAUAAACAUCAGAGAGAACGUUGACGUGAUACAUCUUCAAAAGGAACUCUCAGAUAAGAGCACUGCCCUGAGAGCUGCACAGAUGAAGUAUGACGACCUGCAAAAGGCAUGUGAAAAUCAGCUGGAGGAGAGUCAGAGGUCCCUGAGGGAAAACCUGGGAGCUCUUCUCCAAAAAGUGGAGGAGCUGAGUGAACAGCUAAGGCAGGAAAAGCAAAGUGCACAGUCUCUACAGGAUCAACUUUCCUCUGCUAAUCUGUCGCUACAGAACCUGAACAAGCUGCAGGAGAGGAUAUCAGACCUGGAAGGAGAGCGUGACAUGAUUAAAGAAAACUACGAUUCUCUUUUGGAAAAUACAUUGUCAGCUCAUGUUACCUUCGACGGUCACGUGGAGAAAAAGCCCAGUAUAGUCAAGUGUGAGGAUGUGGUGCCAGAAAUCCAGAGGCUGAAGAGGAUACUGGAGGCAGAGAGGGAGGAGAGAAGCAGACUGGAGCUGGAAAAAGAGAAGAUGAGGCAAGAGAAGGAGAUGAUGGAAGAGCAAAGGGACAAAGAAAGAGAGUUCACCGUGAUAAUGAAAAACAAACAUGAGCGUCUACAACAGGAGGUUCUCCAACACAAAGAGCAGGUUGUUGCACUGCAAGGCCGCAUAGACUUAGUUACACAGGAGUUUGACAUGAGCGUUGAGGAACUGAGUGAGACACUUUUACAGAUCAAGCUCUUUAGGAAGCAACAAGAGAGCAGGGAAAGUCUGGGGUUCCUCUCCAGUGACGAACGUGUCGAGGUUUUGCCCCGUGACUUUGUAAACAUCCAGGCAGCACUCGCUGAGAGUGGGUUGGAGUUACAGAAAACAAGAAAACUUUUACUGGUGGAGCAUCAGAUCUGUAAAGACCUGAAGGAAGAGCUGAGAACAGUUUCAGAAAAGAUGGAGAAAGAAAGGGAAGAGAGCAAACAGAGAAUAGCUGGGAAAGACAGACUUCUAUCCAAAAGAGCUCUACAGAUCAACACACUGCAAGCCCAGCUCAAAGAGCUUGCAUAUAGCCCCAGGAACUACAGACGGACUGUACCAACUCAAUACACCUGGCCAGCUGGAGACCAAGAGGUGGUGCAGCCAACUGAAGAUGAUCUGUGUUUUUCUCAGCUCAGAGCUGGGGAGUCACUGCUGGAGAUCCACCUCAAGGCCGCAACCUUCACUCCACUAGCUCUUCGCAUGUUGAGCAGGUUGGGUGCAGGUGUUGACACUGCUGAGGACUUCGUGACCUUCUGCACCUACAGCUUCUUAGACUUCGAGAUGCACUCGACCCCUCUGGUGGCGGGCAGCCAGCCUAAUUACGCUUUCACGUCCCGCUACGCUCUGACACCUCGAGAUCUGGGGAGGCUGGGAGGUCAGGGUUCAAGGGUUAGUGUGGAGCUCCACCAGGCAUUAGGAGGAGUCAAGUUCGUGACACACGGAAGUGGACAGAUGUCUGUCCUGGGUGCACUAGAGAGGAGAGGGGAGAACAUCAACGGACGUGUUCAUAUCACAGGCCCUGAAGCUGAAAGUGUUGGUGUUGUGGAUUUCUGGGUGCGUCUGUAUCCACCUGCAGAGCCCAUGCUCACUGAAUUUGAGAAUCUAGCUGACAGCAGGACAACAGUACCAAGAAGUCCUUUUCACAUCCCUCAUGGCUGGCAGGAUGGUGGCAGUGAGAAAGUGCUUGACUACGGUGUUGGGAUCCCUAAUGAGUUGGUGUUUAUGCUGGAGCGCUGUGUGGGCCUUACUGCUCGCUGGCCAGGUUCAGUUCCUGAUGCCUACCUGACUUACAGAUUCUAUGACCUGCCUCCUCACGUGUCACCAACAGCCCGGUGUACUGCUGACCCGGUCUUCAAUGAUACCAGCAGCUACCCACUGGCAGUAACAGCUGAUGUGUUGAACUAUUUAAGGUCGAAUAGUCUCUAUGUGUACGUGUUCGAUGACAGUGAUGACCAAAUGCCACCAGCUUAUCUGGCAAAGACCCCCGUCCCACUGCAGGACCUUGCUACUGGCAGAGAGAUCAGGGGUGACUAUGUGCUAAGGGACCCAGCUGGUGGACCUCGGGGCAUAGUCAGGGUUAUGAUAAAGUGGAAGUACCCCUUUCAACCACCAGUCAGCAAUGUGCUGGGCAACUGGAAGAGACCGAACAGAGCCGAGGAAAAUGCCGAGAGGGAAGAGAGACAAAGAGAAAAGGCCGACGUGCCUGUAGCUAAACCUAGGAUAAAGCCUCCAACUGUCAGACAGAAAAGCCUUAAGAACUUCAGAGCAGAAGAAACCACAUCAGUUAGGUCAGCAGACAAAAAACAAUCCACCAAAAGGACUGACCUUCAGCAUGCUGAGCCAUGGACUACGGGUUCAAAUCUGUGUGCUAAAAGUUCUUUUGAAUCGGCCUCGUACAAGAAGUCAGCAGCCAUUCUGUCCAGAGGACGUUCAGUCAGCAUUGCUAGGUCUCAGGAGCGUCUCUCUGUGGAUCAGGUAUCAGUGGAUAAUGAGGAGGAAACAAAAAUAAACUAUCCUGCUAAUGAAGAAGACAGUGAAGCAACAGACCAGUCAAGUUCCUCUGAAAGUGACAUCAUCAUCAUUCCACCUAGAUGUAAAAUGGCAAAGAGAGACAAACUGAGAGUGGAGAUUCUCUCUCUUUCAUUUGAACCAUCUUCUCCUGUGACCCGGGAUAAGUCGGUGCAGCAGGUGUACGUGGAAUACAGGCUGCUGGGUGUCCCGAUGGAGACCACGGAAACCCCCAUGUCCCUCCGCAAACCCAGACGAGGGGAGGAGAUCCACUACAACUUCACACGUGUCAUUUACGUGGAUGGUUCACAGUCAGGUCCACUGAGACGGUAUCUUUACAGCAUGCUGGAGGGCACUGACCCCAACCGUGGCAGGUUAGUAUUCACAGUCGUCAGUGAGCCCAUGGAUGACGCUGACGAGUGCGUUGAUGUUGGACAGGCUUUUCUUGAACUACAUGAGCUGCUGCUUACAAGAAAUGAUGUCAUUGAGCAACAAAUCGAUAUCAUCAGUGUGGAUAAGGACAAGGAGGUAAUUGGAAAUCUGAAAGUGUCUCUUGAAGCAGCAAAAGCCUUAGCAGGAAUAUAUCAGGAGUUUCACCUAAAAGAUGGGACUAAAAAAGAAGAGACAAUGGAAGAUAAAGAUAAGGACGAAGAGGGCAAAGACAAGCAGCAGGAUAAAAGGGAGGAAGAAGAUGACAAGAUACAAGUGAAAGAUUAUGAGGAAGACAGUGACUUUUAGUUUCCACUGAAUAUAGACAGCUAGAUUACAUUGGUGUCAAUGUACAGUACAUGUAAGUAAAAACUGUUUUAUGUUUGCGAAUUAGCUUUUCUAUUCUAGCUGAGCUUUAGUAGAAAGCGCCAGAAUACAUAUCCUGCUAGAGAGGGUUUUUUUUUAGUUUAUGUUGUAGUUUUUAUACAGUACAUAUGUUUUUAUUUAUUUUUUUAAUUUAUGUAGGACAUUUGUUCUCUGGCGCCCUCUGUGGGAGACAUGGGUACGCUCUAAGAUCCACUGCUCUAAAUGUUAGGGCUGCAGUAGAGUAAUCAGUGUGAUCACACUCACCUGUGUCUCUGUCAUUGGUCUCACUCGUGUCACCUGGUGCCCUGGGUAUAUAUACCUCUCUCCCUUACCACAGUCUUUGUGGGGAACAUUGUUUAAGUUUGUUCGAGUGUGUGCACUGUUCUUUUUGUUUCAUUUUUGAUGUGAGGUUUGUGCGGGCAGUGCCUCACCUGCCAUCAUGAUAAAAAAAAAAAGUACAUAAAAUAAAUAUUCAUAUUUUCCACUGAUCUGUGUUAAAGAUGCAUUUUCAGUAUGACUCUAUAUAUUUUUGACAUUUUAUUAAGUAUAAAUUGCGGAAUUUGAAUAUUUCGCAAUCAAAUACAGGGAAGUGCCGAACCUACUGAAGCGACUCACUAUGGAUUUUAUUUUAAGAUGGAAACUUUUCUCACAGAAGAGUAAUUUUUUUUCAAAUGUACUAUACUGGUACAAACAAAAAGACUGUCUGUGUGGCUGUCCUGUAAGAAACCGCCUUUAUUGCUUUCCUUGCUUUUUAUUCUCAUCAUGUGAUAACGUCUGGACUAACUCAGGAUACUGUGACCUGAAACAUUUUAAGAAGCCUCAGCAGACAUGAAAGAUCGGCCACGCACAUACAAAGCCAGAUUUCUUUAAAAACGUUAUGAAAUUUAAGGAUCGAUUUGGCAUUAGAUGAAAAACGGAGACUAAACAUUAGCGUCCACAAUGCUAAGGUGAAGGAGUGAUACAACAAUGGACUUCAUCUAUAAGUAAAGAGAAGUCAACGCCUCACCAGCCAUGAACCUCACCGCAAUCUCUGUGCAUUCUGAAUCCAUGCUGGGAGUUCUGUGUUCAUGCCCUGAUGGUGAUGCCCAUUGAUGCCUUGUGUCUUCCUACGACUCAGUGAGUUUUUGUGAU